UUCUUUACAAGACAUGGCUGAAGAUGACGGUGAAAUCGAAUUCCUAGAUGAGGAUGCGGAUAUUGUCCAACAAUGUGUUCAUACUGAUGAAGACCCGCCGCCUCUAAAAGCUCCAAUUCCAUUUCUUGUCGAACGAAGUCCCGUUGAAAAGCCAAGAAAAAAGCGAAAAACUGAAGAAGAUUCUGAUUACGAACCUUCAAAGGAUGCUCCAUCGAAAUACAAAAAGCGUAAAACUCAAAAAAUACCACGAUCAUCAAUAAAGUCUCAAAAGUACGAAUAUUUCGCUCAAUCUGCGCCAAUCAAAUAUAAAGUCAAGGAGUAUGGACCUCGAAAAAUGAAAAAAUCACAAAUAAAGACUGAAGAAAUACCUAGAACACAAUUAGAUAUUCGUAUACCUGAUUAUGACGAUCCAUUAUGUAUGCCAGUUCGUGCAGUAAAAAAGGACGGAAGUGACACAACGAAGUUGAAGAUUUGGAACAAUUUGUGUUUGGAACAUUUUAAGAAAAGUGACACUGUGCUAAGACCCGAUAAUGGUGAGACUGUGUCAUCUAAAAGAACUGUGCUCCUAAAAAAUAUAUUCAAUAAAUUUACAGGUAGACAAGAAACAAGCAUGUGGACUAAGACAAUGGUCACAAACAAUAAAGGAGUGACCAAAUCCGAUGUAGUUCAAUCCGUGUUACCAAAGUACAGAGAGAAGAAAGUAUUAAACUAUAACCUUAUUGACACCAAGAGACGGAAGUCUUACCAUCAUGUGGAUGAAGUGAUAUUAACUAAAGAAGAUCAGAAGGAUGGAGAGCAAUUGAUAGUUUAUAAACCAAGAGAAACUAUCUCUUUGGUCUAUAAAAUGUUUGAGAAACCUGAGAAUUCUGAGGGUAAGGAAGAAGAUGAGGAGCAGAAGAAAUAUAUGAAGGAAGUGGCAAGCUGCAGGAUGUGUGCCCCAUGCUUUCAGGUAUCCUGGCGAGGCUCCCGGAAGGAGGAUAAGAAGAUAAGAUGUCAAAUCUGCUCGGUGGUGUGUGCCAGCGUGCAGCGUCUGCUGGCACACCUCAAGUCGCACUCCGCACAUGAUAUGAACAAGUACAAGAGGCUUGUCUCCAGAGCCUUGGCCAAAGUUGUUGGGUACCAGUACAGAUGUCGCAUCUGCCAGCAGAAUUAUCCCGGAGUAGGGGAACUUCGCAGACAUGUGCUUACACACCGAGGUACGGAGACAUUUAUCUGCGAAGUUGGCGGACAUCUUGCUACGUAAUUAUCUUGUCUUGUAAAUAU